UCGGCCCCUCAGCUGUAAUCGACGGCCUCUUGAGGAGCUCGGGAGUGUUUACCUGCCAGAGGGGCGCACCUCCUCCCCCGAGUGUUUGUUUUAGGAACGGUAGCGGUUGCUUUGCCGGUCACCGGCGGACAUUAAUAAUGCAACCCUGCGUGCUCUGACUGCCGGCUGCUGCCACCUGAACCCGAGUUCGUCCUCCUAAGCACUUUUCCUCUUUAAACUGUCCCAAAAUAAUUAGUGUCGGUCACGCGGUAAAUCGGAGAGUCGCCAUCGGAGCCGCUCUGUUGUCACGGUGUCAUCUCCUGAGCUUGGGACGCGGCGGGGGCUCUGUGCAGGAACCCAGGAAACUUUACUCAAGGGGGGGGAGACAAAACACGUCAAUUAUUAACUGCCCGGGGCUCUCAUUCCCUCGGUGUAACCAUAGAGCUCAGCCAACAGCCUGCCGCUGGUGCAUUGUGGGAAAACACUCACCAAGACCGUCGCAUACCUCCUGACAGUCCGGGAGCAAGCGGACCCGUUUGACUUCACGAUCCCGCCGGACGCAGAGGAAUGUCUUCUCCGUCUGGACUUGAAUCAUCUCGAGUGUUUGUGGAUUAUCAGGUUUUUUUAAUCUGGACGUCCAGACAUGGGUCGGUGACCCGGUGAUUCGGACUUUGUGGCCGGACUGAAGGGAGGUGGUCAGAAGGUUAUUUAGGUGUUUUUUUUUAGUAGCAGCAGAAGAAGAAAUCCACAGCAUCAUGAAUCUGAAGCAGCGACUGAAGUUACUGAAGCACUUUGGCUCUCUGCCCCCGGAGCCUCCGCCUGCUCCUCCACCGCUGCUGCUGGUGCCUAAACCAGGCAUGGAGGAGCUCACGAUAUGGGAGCAACACACAAUCACACUGAGCAAAGACUCCAAGGUGGGGUUUGGCUUCGCCAUCUCAGGAGGGAAAGACAAGCCUCACCCGGACACCGGGGACACGGCGGUGGUCGUGUCGGACGUGCUGCCAAACGGGCCGGCCAUCGGGCGACUGUUCUACAAAGACCAGAUCGUCAUGGUGAACGGCGAGUCCAUGGAGAACGUCUACUCCACCCACACCAUCCAGACCCUCAAGUCCUGCGGCAAGACCGUCAACGUGACGGUGAAGCGGCCGCGCAAGAUCCAGAUUCCGGUGACCGCCAGGCCGACGCGGGCCGUCUCCCACUCCAACCUGCUAGACCCGAACCCGCCCCGGAGGACGCGGCGCUACUCUGACGGCAGCGACAACCGGGAGAGCAGCCGGUACCGCGCCCGCAGCGCCUCGCCGGAGCGCAACGGGCACGCCGACGCGCUGCCGCUCAUGACCACGGCCUACAAGAGGCUGCCGAGGCAGGACGCCCAGGAGAAACCCAUCAGAACCACGCUGCUGAAGAAGAGGAUCACCGACGAGUACGGCUUGAAGCUCGGGAGUCAGAUCUUCAUCAAGCACAUGACGGACACGGGGCUCGCCGCCAAGGAGGGGACGCUGCAGGAGGGAGACCUGAUCCUCAAGAUCAACGGCAUGACGACGGAGAACCUCUCGCUGCUCGAGACCAAGCACCUGGUGGAGAAGAGCCGCGGCAAGCUCACCAUGACGGUGCUCAGGGACGACCGCAAGUUCCUGGUCAGCAUCCCCGAGGUGGUGGACAGCGCCCCCCACAGCGAGGAGGACCGGCGCCGGGGCAGCAGCUCCGAACUGGACGACAUCUCGGACCUCGACGAAGACGCGCCCACUCACAGAACGUCCCGUCAGCCCACCAGAGAGAAACGAACACGCAGAACCAGAGCAGAACCUCCUCCCCCCAAGUCUCGGGAUGCGUCCCCGAUGCGCUCCACCUUGACUCGGCCUCCCGUAAAGACCUACGCCCCUCGCAGAGCUCCAUCCGGGUCCGAGUCGGACCGCAGUGCCUCUCCUCCGACCUUCAGGAGGGACAGUCCGGACAUGAGGGACUCCAGCAAGUACAAGUCCCUGUCUGCGAUGUCUGGCAUGUCCAUCCUCCCCAACCCUCGCUCCUCCCCUCAGCUCCCCAACUGGUCGGCUUCCCGCGCCUCCUCCUCCGCCGCCUCGCAGCCCCGCAGGCCGGUGUCGGACUCGGACUCGGACCGCAGCGCCUCCCCCCCGCCGAUCAGGCGGAGCCCGCGGCCAGACGGCAGAUACAAGGUCCUUCCUGAUCUGGCGUACACGGGACUGAGCGCCGCCCCCAUCGAUGUUCGCCACGAGGCACCGAGGAGAGUCAACUCUCCUGUCAGAGUCCUGCGCCCAGACUCCGACUCCGAGUCUGAAGUGAGCCUGGCGCCUCCUCAGAGGCAGAGCACCACCUACAGCCAGGACUCCCUCAGCAGAUACAGAGCCCUGCCGGACGUCGCCCUGCAGCUCCAGGAGGAGGCGCCCCGGAGGAGCGCCGCCAGCAACCCGCCGCAGAAAGCUCCUUCAGAUUCUGAAUCGGAGGCCGGUUACGAGUCUCCGCCUCUCAGGGAACCGACGGAGACCGUAAGAUCCAACAGAUACAGAGUUCUUCCUGAUAUCAAGCCCACGUCGGUCGCCGUGAAGCAGGAGCCUCCUCGCCGCGGCCCGUCACCCACCAGACCUCCUCCUGAAGAUUCCUCAGAGUCGGACCAGCUGUCGCUCCUCCGGAGGUCCGGUAGCUCUGAGCGGGACGACAACCGCCGGAGAGUUCCCCGCGCUGCGAACGGAAAGGAGGCGGUGAAGGCGAUCGACCCUCCGACCUACGCCAAGCCUGCCGAGGAGCCCAUCUACUCCCUCCCUCCGGACUCGUACCCGGGACCUAACCCAGGGUACAGCUCAGACGUCCACACGGUGUCCUUCGCCAAGAAGGGCAGCGUGGGCCUGAGGCUGGUGGGCGGCAACGACGUCGGCAUCUUUGUGGGCGGAGUUCUGCCAAACAGCCCGGCGCACGUCGAGGGAAUGAAGGAGGGAGACCAGAUCAUGCAGGUGAAUAAAGAAGACUUUGGUCAUUUCACUCGAGAAGAAGCCGCCAACUUCCUCCUGAACAUCAAGAACGGGGAGCGGGUGGAAAUCUGCACUCAGAACAAGAUGGACAUUUAUAAGAAGAUCAUCAAGUCCAACCUGGCCGACAACUUCUACAUCCGCACCCACUUCGACCACGAGGCCGAGGGCCCCAUCGGCCUGAGCUUCACGCGGGGGGAGGUGUUCCGGGUGGUGGACACCAUGCACCGCGGGAAGAUGGGCAAGUGGCUGGCCAGCCGCAUGGGCAACGACCUGCACGAGAUGGACAAGGGCACCAUCCCCAACCAGGCCAGCGCGGAGACGUUGGCCAGCGUGGAGCAGGCGCAGCGGCUGAGCGGCGAGAGGCAGGCGGCGGGGCCGAGGGCCGAGUUCUGGAAGCUCCGGGGCCUCCGGGGCAACAAGAAGUACGACAAGAACGUCCGGCGGUCUCGAGACGACCUGCUGCAGCUCACCAUCCAGGGCAAGUUCCCGGCCUACGAGAGGGUCCUGCUCCGAGAAGCUAAUUUCAAACGGCCCAUCGUCAUCCUGGGUCCUCUCAAUGACAUCGCCAUGGAGAAGCUGGCCAGAGAGAAGCCUGACGAUUAUGAAGUGGCAGACAUGGUGCCUCGCAGCGGCGGAGGAGACGGCGGCUCCACCGUCAUCAAGCUGGACACCGUGAGGAGGAUAGCAGAGAAGAACAAGCACCCUCUCCUGGACAUCACUCCCACCGCGGUGGAGAGGCUGAACUACAUCCAGUACCACCCCAUGGUUCUCUUCCUGGACCCGCACAGCCGCAAGGACGUGAAGGCCAUGAGGCAGCGCUACAGCCCCGACUCCACCAAGAGCUCCAGGCGCCUGUACACGCAGGCGCUGAAGCUGAGGAAACACUGCAGCCAGCUCUUCUCAGCGCGCAUCGACCUGCAGCCCAACUCCAACGUGUGGUUCGAGAGUCUGAAGGAGAAGAUCCGCCACCAGCAGUCCAAACCGGUCUGGGUGUCUGAAGUGAAGUUGGAGAGCGGCGGCGAACAGGACCUGGACGCUCUGGACCAAACCCAGUCCGACUACCUGAGCGCCGCCAGCGACCUGGAGGACACGGACGGCGAGGUCUACACGGACAACGAGGACCUGGAGGAGGAGUUCCCGGGUCAGAACGCCACCGAGCUCUCCAGGGUGGCCGGCCUGGCUCUGGCCCGGUCGUCGGAGCCCGCCUCCGGGGGGCGCCGCGGCCGCCCCGACUCGGACGACGAGUCCGACGACUCUUCCAGAGAAAUCCCGCCGCUGAUGAACGUGCCGGAGCCCCGGGUGGCGCGGCAGGACAGCUACAGCCUGCCGCCCAGCGCCGGCGAGGAAGAGGAGGAGGAGGAGGAGGAGGAGGAGCACGACUCGCACCGCAGCUUCACGGACUCUGACUUCAGCGCGCUGGACGUGAUCGCGCCCACCACGCCGUCGGACGCACCCCCGGAUUUCAUCGCCCCCGACCCGUCCGCCGCCCGCUACUCCUCGACCGAGCCCACGUACGCCGAGGUGCCGCACGCCAGCCUGGCGGCCAUCGAGGAGAAGCUGGACCAGGCUCGCUCUGCGGAGCCUCAGGAACCCGCAGAGGGGAAGAAGGGCCCUAAGUUAAUCGUGCUGGCGCAUCAUCACCAGGCCGUCCAGUUCAGACGCACGCAGAUCCGAGGCAGCGACAGCUCGGAGGAGGAAGAGGAGGCGGAGGACUUUGAGUGGGGUCCUGCGACGGAACUGUAGCGUCCGAAUGGAGGAUUAAAGUGCACCGGACACUAUCUCACAGCCCCGAGGAACUCGCUCGGAUCAUUUCCAACCCCAAAGGGGCCUCGUUCAGACGUGGGACAUACCUGCUGUUUUCUUUACUUUUUAGUUAACUAAAAGUUUUUAAGAUCUACCAAAAAACCCAAAAGGUUCUCUCAUGAAUGUUGAGUUCAAAGUGCCUGAGGACGCGCCUUUAUUUUUGUAUUUAACUACCACGCCUCGCCUAUUGCCACUGCCACUAUUUGUCACGUUUGUAAACACAUUCUAGUUAUAUUAGAAAAAUUGUUGUUUCACAGAAAUAUUCAGAACAUUUAUGAAAUGUUUGGGUGCCUCUUUCACUUGUUCUACAUUAAACACGUUUUACUGAU